AUGGGGGCCUCAGAGUCCAAGCUUGUCUUUAAGCAGGGCAUCUUCCGCCUCUCGGAGGAACAGGAGAUCCCCGCAGACGACCCAUACUGGACUAGAUUCUGGGAACUUCCUGAAUCAACCGAAGAUGUAUUCAGUCUGUUCACACCGGCUGACAUUCGCCGAACUCGCGACCAUGCCUUACCAAACUUCCAAACCCUCCUUCUUGCAGUGACGUCGCGACUGACAUUAUUGAAAAACCACCCUUCGUUUCCCGAUCCGGAUCUUGCCCCCGAGCGCGAUGUCCUGAACUGCAUCCGCAUUCUUACUCGCCUUCUCCCCUAUGUUUAUGAGGCGGAUCAGUUGGAGGGAUGGGAGGACAAUUUCUUUUGGGCGCGGAGGAAGAGGAAGACCCGACAAGCACAAAUCUCUGGAGAGAUUCUUUUUGACGAAGCGCAGCCUGAAGACCAGGAAGAGGGAACAUCACCGCCCUCCGACAAUUACGAAGAUGUGAAGCCUCUCGCCGAGGAGUUGAUAGAUACAUUGAUGGAUUUGCUUUUCUUCGCUGACUUCACGAUUCCCCGACUUCCGACUGCAAAGGGCAAGGUCUCGUUCUCUAUCUGGCAAAGUGGCGUUGGCUGCAAUACGGCCAUGGGAACCAGCAAGGCCUAUGAAAGCAACCGAAGUGAGAUUCUACGGCUUAUGCUCACGCUGACCGGAAAGGCCAUGUAUUUGCCAUCAAAUACAUUGCCUGUUCAAGGCGUGAAGGCCAUUACCUACAUCACAACUUGUCAAGAUAAACAGGCCGUCUUGACUCUUCUUUGCUCCCUACUAAACACGGCAAUGAAGUAUAACCCUGCGUCAUGGAGGGUUCCUUAUGACCAUGUGGUUUGGAAAGACCCCCGACAAAUGCUAGUCAUUUAUUGCGUGCAACUCCUUCUUGUCCUCUUGAUGUACCCUAUUCCCGAGGAUGGCCGUGGAGCUCCACCAAAGAACUAUUAUCGGCAUUACUUUGGAAGGCUGCAUAGACCUCAAGACUUCCAAUUCCUCGUGGAUGGUAUGACAAGAAUUCUGAACCAGCCUAUGCAAGCCACCACAUCAUAUCUUCCUGGAAGCCAAAGAUCGGUGAAAUGGGCACCUGAGAUGCUGGUGCUUUUCUGGGAGACCUUGCAAUGCAACAAACGAUUCCGGUCCUUUAUCAUAGACUCCAACCGCUCCCAUGACUUCCUUGUUCUAUGUAUCUUCUAUGCGAUGGAGUACAAAUCAGAUGCUUCUAAACAAGGUGUGGUUCGAAUGUGCAUUUUCAUCUUGCAAACAAUGAGUGCAGAGCCCACGUUCAGCAAGAGUCUGAACAAUGCGUUUGAAGCUCAGGAAACUCUCCCGCAGUCGAUUCGACUGCCCAAGUUCCGAGGAUCCUAUGGUGACUUCUUGAUCAUGUCUAUUCACACCUUACUCACCACCAGUAAAGGAAACUUGGAUACAGUUUAUCCUGCUCUUCUAAUCAUUUUUAACAACAUCGCACCCUAUAUCGAACGCAUUUCCCCGGGCACUUGUUCGAAGAUCAUCCAACUCUUCUCUUCUAUGUCUGCGCCCAGUUUUUUGUUAGCGAAUGAGACAAACCACACGCUUCUUGCCUCAUUGCUCGACUUCAUCAAUAUCAUCCUCGAGCACAAAUUCACCGAUAAUCCUUAUCUCGUCUAUGCCAUACUGAAAUACAAGCAACGCUUUGAAGCUGUGCGGGCUUUUACUCUCGAAAGUGGCCAACAAGAAAUCGAACGCCAGAACGAGAAGAAGAAAGCUGGAAGUGUUGCUGACGUGGCCGUGAGUCCGACUCUUUCACAUUCAGAAGACGACCUGCACACUCCAUCAGGUGCUCGAUCACCAUUAGGUCGUAUUCCGGAAGAGAACAGCCCAUUUGCAAUUGGCGACGACGAUUCUGAUGAUGAGAGGGAUAUUGAUGGAUCACAAACACCUUCUCAAUCAUCACCGUCGGCUCAGAACUCUCGCAGGCCCUCCAUGGCAUCCACCACGGACGAAAAUGGAGUGCAGAUGGUCCGGGGCAUGUCUGAAAAAGCACGAGGAAAGAAACCCGCCGGGCAUCCUCCUUUUUCUCGACAGAACAGCAUGACCAGUCAAACAAGCAUGACUGCUUUGUUCACUCCCUCUGCGAGCGGGUUCACACCAACCGUGCCUUGGCUCGAAUCAUGGUUGCCCGAGCUUCCCCUCCACACGAUCCUGACCAUCAUCUCCGCCAUUGCACCACAUAUCCCAGACGCAGCCCUGCAGAGCACAACCAGCCCAGAGGCCCGAACACUAAUCCACAACCUCCCAUCGUUCGCCGACGAGCCGGAGGUGAAAAGCAUCAUCUCCGAGCCAACCCCCGUCCGCAUCCAAUCAUUCGAAUGGUCCGCGCUGUCAAUGGGCUGGUACGAGUCCUUACUGUGGGGCUUCAUCUUCUCCAGCGAGAUGGUCGUCGGAUCUGCAGCCGGCGCGACGCCAGGAACAGUCGGAGUGUGGAACGGUACAUCCAUCAAGCUCUUCCGAGUCCAGGAAGCAGCCGCCUUGGGUCCGACCUUGCUUGCGCCUAAGGGUGCAGUCGAUGCCGUGGGCAGCAACUUGGUUCAACGGAUCGGCAAUCUCAGUCUGAGGGGUCGGAAUUCGAUAGCGCAGGAGCCUGGUGCCUCUUCGCCGAGUGUGCGCGAGAUUUAG